GGCUGGCUCGCUGGGGACAGACAGGAAUCGGAGCAGCACUGCCGCCUCUGGCGCGAAGGCUCAGGCGCCUCCUCCCGCCCCAGUCACUGUGGCUCGGUGCACGCUGCCGCCGGCUGCCCUUUCCGUCUCUGGGGAAGAAAACCAGCGGGCCGCUGUCGCGCUUGAACCAUGGCCUCCGGACGACGAGGCUGGGACAGCUCCCACGAGGAUGAUCUGCCCGUGUACCUGGCCAGGCCGGGAACCACCGACCAGGUCCCACGGCAGAAGUACGGCGGCAUGUUCUGCAACGUGGAGGGAGCCUUCGAGAGCAAGACGCUGGAUUUCGAUGCCCUGAGCGUGGGGCAGCGAGGCGCAAAGACUCCCCGGAGCAGCCAGGGCAGCGGCCGCGGCUCAGGGACUCGGCCCGGGGUCGAGGGGGACACCCCACGCAGAACCCAAGCCCGGGAGGAGAGCAGUGAGCCGGCGCCUGAGUCGCUCGAGCCCGCCGGGGUGGAGAUCCUGAGCGCCACAGGCAAGGAGGUGUUGCAGAACCUUGAUCCGGAGGACAAGAGUGACCGUCUCCUUAUCAAGGGAGGCCGAAUUGUCAAUGAUGAUCAGUCCUUCUAUGCUGACAUUUACAUGGAGGAUGGCUUGAUAAAGCAAAUUGGAGACAAUCUGAUUGUCCCUGGAGGAGUGAAGACCAUCGAAGCCAAUGGGAAGAUGGUGAUCCCUGGAGGCAUCGACGUCCACACUCACUUCCAGAUGCCGUACAAGGGAAUGACCACCGUGGAUGACUUCUUCCAAGGCACAAAGGCUGCCUUAGCAGGUGGCACCACCAUGAUCAUUGACCACGUGGUGCCGGAGCCUGAGUCUGGCCUGACGGAGGCCUAUGAGAAGUGGCGUGAGUGGGCUGAUGGGAAGAGCUGCUGUGACUAUGCCCUGCAUGUGGACAUCACCCACUGGAACGACAGCGUCAAGCAGGAAGUGCAGAACCUCAUCAAGGACAAAGGGGUUAACUCCUUCAUGGUUUACAUGGCCUAUAAGGAUUUAUAUCAAGUGUCCAACACAGAGCUCUAUGAGAUCUUCACCUGCCUGGGAGAACUGGGAGCCAUUGCUCAAGUCCAUGCCGAGAAUGGAGAUAUCAUUGCCCAGGAGCAAACCCGGAUGUUGGAAAUUGGGAUAACUGGCCCAGAAGGACAUGUUCUGAGCAGACCAGAGGAGCUGGAAGCUGAGGCUGUGUUCCGUGCCAUCACCAUCGCCAGCCAGACCAACUGCCCCCUCUACAUCACCAAGGUCAUGAGCAAGAGUGCAGCCGAUCUCAUCUCACAAGCCAGGAAAAAAGGAAAUGUGGUCUUUGGAGAGCCCAUUACUGCCAGCCUUGGUACAGAUGGAACUCAUUACUGGAGCAAGAACUGGGCCAAGGCGGCUGCAUUUGUGACAUCCCCGCCUCUGAGCCCUGACCCGACCACUCCUGACUACAUCAACUCCUUGCUAGCCAGUGGGGAUCUUCAGCUCUCUGGCAGUGCCCACUGCACCUUCAGCACUGCCCAGAAAGCCAUUGGGAAGGACAACUUCACUGCCAUUCCUGAGGGCACCAAUGGUGUGGAGGAGCGGAUGUCUGUCAUCUGGGACAAGGCCGUGGCCACUGGGAAAAUGGAUGAAAACCAGUUUGUGGCUGUGACAAGCACAAAUGCUGCCAAGAUCUUUAACCUGUAUCCCCGCAAGGGAAGAAUAUCUGUGGGUUCUGACAGCGACCUGGUCAUCUGGGAUCCAGAUGCUGUGAGGAUUGUCUCUGCCAAGAACCACCAGUCGGCUGCAGAAUAUAACAUCUUUGAAGGGAUGGAGCUGCGUGGGGCGCCUCUGGUCGUCAUCUGCCAGGGCAAGAUCAUGCUGGAAGAUGGAAACCUACAUGUGACUCAAGGGGCAGGCCGCUUCAUCCCUUGCAGCCCAUUCUCCGACUAUGUCUACAAGCGCAUUAAAGCCAGGAGGAAGAUGGCGGACCUGCAUGCCGUCCCAAGGGGCAUGUACGAUGGGCCUGUGUUUGACCUGACCACCACCCCCAAAGGGGGCACCCCUGCAGGCUCUACCCGGGGCUCUCCCACUCGGCCAAAUCCACCUGUGAGGAAUCUCCACCAGUCCGGAUUUAGCCUGUCAGGCACCCAAGUGGAUGAGGGGGUCCGCUCGGCCAGCAAGCGCAUCGUGGCGCCCCCUGGAGGCCGUUCUAAUAUCACAUCCCUGAGUUAAGCAACCUCUCCCUGAAGAGAGGGGCAGAUGCAAGAAGAGAUUUUUUUCCAAGCCAAAAUGGUACACCAAUGUUUAAGAAGGAAAGCGAAUCCAAACGGCUGUGAUCUAAAGAAUCAAUAAGCCUCAAGCCUUAUGUUUCUCCAUGUUACGCUCGCUUGCCUAGCUUUACGAAUAUUGCUUUGUUUUCUGUUUAUGCAUAGCCUUGGUUUGUUUGACCCUCUCCCUCAUUUACAUGCAUGCAAUCAGACAGGCCACUAAGGUAAAAGAGUCUGCUAUAUUAUAGUGUUGAGAGCGUGUGUAGUGCUGCAUCUUAUGACAAGGGGACAGACAAAGCUGGGAUGUCAGGAAAAUGAACAAAAGGGACACAGAUUAUUUGGGGUGAGUGGGUGGUGGGAGCCCAGAGCAAGAUGGAGGGUGCAGAGGGCUAGGGUAGGGCGUGUAGAAGGGAGGUGGGUGGGCCAGGUGAGCUGAAGGGGUAUUGUGUAUUGUGUCGAUGAAGCGUGUUUAUUUUCAUGAAAGGUGGUCACUUGUGGCAGCCCUUACUUUAUCACAGUGCCCCAGGGUCUGCAGAGAAAGCGGGGAUCUUUGGGUUCUGGACUUUGUCAUGUCCCUCCCUAGUAGAUUUUGUUCCUUUGAAUGCUAAUUAAAACGCCAAAACCCAA